AUGAAAUCUGCCAUAUUCUUAUUUGCUUUAUAUGCCUUCUUUGCUGCUACCCUUUAUGCCACCCCAGUCGAAAUACUCUCUUCUUCAAAGAAAGAGUCGGAUGGUUGGUAUUAUGCUGGAGCCAGUCUUGACAAUACGACUGACAAUAGUAUAAUCAAAAGGGCUUCUAGUGUUAAUGCACAAUCUACCUUCUACACGGGUGAAGAUCUAAAGGGUUCGGCUUGUUAUGGUAGAAACGGUCUUCCCCAAUACAACGCUAAAGACUCUGAUUUUAUUGCUGCCAUGAGAAUGAAAAAUUUUGAACAUUGUUUUCGAUGCCUUCGAGUCGAACGUGGAAGUCGGCACGUUAUCGUAAAAGUUAUCGAUAAAUGUGGCGGCUGUCCAAACUCUGAAAAUGUUGAUUUAACCAAAUCUGCCUUCAAAAAACUUGGUAGCCUUGAUGAAGGACGUAUCAACAUAAGAUGGCGACCUAUUAAUUGCCCUAAAAAAGGAGAAUGGCCAGUUUUUGAAGAAAGAUAA